CGUAAUAUAGAACUAAGUUCACGCGAAUAUCGUCAGCUGGCUUUUCAGCAUUUCCAGAACCUUGUUUAACCAUUGCUAGUGAACCGAGACAGUUAAUAAGACCAGAAUUUUUAAAAAUGUGUCGUACAACUACGUAUGAAAUGUAAAUUACAAAGCCAGUGGAGUGCGGUUGGAAUCUGUGCACUGAACCUACUCAAUAUAGAUCUCCCAUCUCAGAAAUUUCUACGCGCAGUACAUUUAUAACUUGGGCAACAUGCCGGGAGCCAGGCAUAAGAUUUUGGGCCAUGUACUUUCUGGCUUUUGCCACAAAAUGAAUCGCCGUAAGCCUAUCUACGGCGACUCGAUGGACACUCCAUUGAACCGAUGUCUUACAACCUUGGAUAUCACUUUGCUGGGGAGACCCAGCAGCAAACGUUGUGCCCAUCAGUUGCGAGUCCCCAAAUGUGUGGGGCACAUGGUUGGAGCUGGUAUCUAUGUGCUGACAGGAACUGUCGCUCGGCACAUGGCCGGCCCAGCAACAGCCUUAAGUUUCCUAUUAGCUGGAAUAACGUCUACCUUAGCCGCUCUCUGCUAUGCUGAAUUUGGAACUCGAAUUCCGAGGGCAGGCAGUGCAUAUGCGUAUACUUAUGUCAGUAUUGGUGAAUUUUGGGCGUUCAUCAUAGGUUGGAACAUUGUCUUAGAAUAUAUGAUAGGAGCCGCCUCGGUAGCCAGAGCCUGGUCCGGGUAUCUAGACGCAAUGUUAGACGGGGCAAUAAGCAACGCUACUAUUUCAAUAACAGGGGAAAUGCACGAAACUCUUUUAAGCAGAUAUCCAGACGUUUUAGCAUUUCUAAUAUGUAUUGUCGCGUCGCUUAUUUUAGCUGUCGGCGUCAAAACUUCAGCCUAUAUAAACAACGGUCUUACUAUCUUAAAUCUCUUAGUUAUAUCUCUUGUCAUUUUCCUUGGUUUCUAUUACGCCGAUCUUGGUAACUGGUCUGAAAAGAAUGGUGGCUUCAUGCCCUUUGGUGUGAGUGGCGUGUUAGCUGGAGCAGCCACUUGCUUUUAUGCUUUCGUGGGUUUCGACAGUAUUUCUGCGUCGAGUGAAGAAGCGAAAGACCCGUCACGGUCGAUUCCCAUCGCCACUAUCCUAUCAAUGGCACUUGUUGCUUUUGGAUACAUUUUGGUGGCUCUAGCUUUGACGUUAAUGGUUCCAUAUCAGAGCAUUAACCCUGAUGCUGCAUUACCGGCUGCCCUCGGCGCAGUUCACGCGGAUUGGGCUAAGUACGCGGUUGCGGUUGGAGCGGUGUGUGGUAUGACCACCACUCUGUUAGGAUCCCUUUUCUCUCUACCUCGCUGCUUAUAUGCCAUGUCGGCAGAUGGUCUUCUCUUCGGUUUUCUCAGCGACAUUAACAACAAGUCACAAAUCCCGAUUGUUAAUCUCAUUAUCUCUGGUCUAUCGUCGGCUUUAAUAGCCCUUUUGUUCGAUCUGGAAAAACUUGUUGAGUUCAUGUCGAUAGGAACUCUGCUAGCGUACACUAUAGUUAGUGCUGCCGUUAUCAUAUUGCGUUACCGUCCCGUUCCACCAUCAGAUGAUAAGAUUUUCGGAGUACCACAAUUGGAGUCGCCUGGUGACCGAGAAGAUAGUUCUGCGACCGGCACCCCGGCUACUGAUGGGGGCUCAUCUUCUUCUGAGAUGUUUGAAGCUUUGACAGUGGGUCGUCUUCGCGCGCAGUACGCUUGGUUGGAGCCGCUGGCAGGCGGACGAGCCCCGGGUGCCGCGGUCACGAGCUGCGUCUACACAUUCACGGCUGCUGCAGCUGCCCUUUGUGCCCAUAAUCACUUCCUAGCUGAGCCGGCUGGGUUGUGGGCGUUGCUCCCAGAUUUUGUUCUCAGCUUUAUUAUUGUUGCGUGUCUGGUGAUAAUAUGGGCCCAUCAACAGAGUCCCACUCGGCUGCCAUUCCGCGUACCCUGGGUCCCGCUGCUCCCAGCUGUCAGUGUCAUGCUGAACGUAGAACUGAUGAUCAACCUCAACGCACUCACAUGGGCCCGCUUCGCUAUCUGGAUGACUUUCGGUUUACUCCUAUACUUCCUGUAUGGGAUCCACCAUAGCAAGUUGGGUGAAGGUGUGACGGGCCUGCUGUCUCGGUCAGCUAGCGGCGGAGGUCACGGCGGCGGAUGGGGCGCGGUGGAGAAGACCAGCGCCAUCGCCCGCAGGGUCGGCCGCUUCGCCCGCGGCAGCAAGGGAGACGACCGCAAACCCAUAAUAGGUGAUGACGAACUCUCCAGGCGCGAGCCGUGAUUCUAAAUUUACUUACAAACAACCAAAUGUGUACGUUUUCUUAGUGUUGCCAGCUUUCUAGAACUGAUUUGCUUGAAUAUUGGUGUAGCCACAAUCUAUACACGAAUCAUUGUGAUCAAAAUUCGGCGAUAUAAUGGACAGAUGAGUACAUAGGUAGGUAUAUUAUGGGCGUAUCAUGAAAUCUAAUUCUUAUUUCUACGCUAUCACAGCGAUCGACUUAUUGAGUAUUAACAUAAUUUUUGUGCUUGUACUUAAGUUAUAUAAUUAAUAUCGCAUAACUAUGUAAUUCGAUUAGUCUAAGCUAAGUAAUCAAAAAUGUGUACAACAUCUCAAAUAUGAUUUUACUUUAGUUCGAUCUAUUUAUGAAUCAGAAAGUUCAAUCUAUUUAUUAGGAAUUAAUGUGUAGAUCAGUGCAUAAGAUACUUAGAUCACAUUAACUUAAGUAACGGAAAUAGCUACAGUGUGAUUGGGUAAGACUUAUGCC